AUGGCCCUUGCUAGCAGCUCACGCGUGGUGCUGCGAAGCUCGCAACAGACGCUCUCAAGCUCCUUGCGUAGAGCUUUGCCAAUUCUCACAUCACAGCACACCGUGCUGCGACCAGGUGGACAACAGAGGGGCGAGCCAUCACCAAGCCAAUCGGCCCGUCUACUCUCCCACGCUCGCUCAAUCAGACAAAACGUCACCUCCGAGCAGCGGUCCGUGCCAUCUUCAGCUCCAGCAGUGCCAAAUGAAUCUCACUCUCCGCCCGACCUGACGCGGAUAACGAGACGGCCGUCAAGCCCCGAAGAGCCCAAAGUCUUGGAGGGUGGCGAUCCAAAGGUACUCUUGACAGAGACUGGAGCUGCGAGGCUGGAUGCGGUAGCAGAAAGGGAAGGCAAAGACGGAAUCGCUCUGCGGGUCGAGGUCAUGCCUGGUGGCUGUCAUGGCUAUCAGUAUGCCAUGAACGUGGUCGACGAGGGCGCAGAAGAGGAUGAUUUGUGAGUAGUCAAGGCAAGGAACCUCAUCAAGACGGGUGUAGGGCGGAGGAUGCUCAUGACUCGCAUUCGUUGGCUCCUCCCAGCUGCUUCACAUCCAUCACAUACCCUCGAGCCUCUUUGCUGAUCGAUUCGGUGAGCUUGAGGUUGCUCAAAGGAUCGACCAUCGACUACGCAACGGAAUUGAUCGGAUCUCAGUUUGUCAUUCGAGACAAUCCUCAAGCAAAAGGCGCUGGAUGCGGAUGUGGAGUCAGUUGGGAACCAAACGUAGACAUUUGA